AUGCCUACAAAGCCUACCCUCAUUUUCGUUCACGAGGCAUGGCACACUUCAGAAUGCUGGGCACAUGGUUACGAGUGCAUCGCUCCCCAGCUCGACUAUAGCGGUACAGCGACACCACUUGAAUCUAAUGCGAGCAGCAUAAUUCAGAUUCAAAAUUUAAUCAUUGCGGCCACUACAUCAGGACAGAAUAUGGUGCUGGUGAAUCACUCAUUCGGUGGCGUGGUGGGCUGCAGUUCUGUCAAAGGUUUCACUCAGAAAGAACCUUCGCGGCUGCGUUUUGGAUCGGGGGAAGUUAUCGGAUUAAUUCAACUUGCGGCGUUUCUGUUGCCUUUAAAUUGCUCUCUUUAUGAUAUUAUCGGAUCUGCAUCUCGGGAACCUUGUCACCAUCACGGCCCAGAAGGCUGGGAAAUAACCGAUAACGGUGAUCCUCAGUUAUUAUUUUAUAAUGAUCUGAUGCCAGUGGACCGCGUCUUUUGGGCAAGCAAACUAAAAGACAGUCAUCUGCGACAUUUCUUGAUCGAGCGAAUACCUACGCAGGUUGGGCAGAUGUGCCAGUUUGGUAUCUCCAUUGCACAGAUGAUGCUGCCAUUCCAGUUCAAGUGCAAGAAUCACUUGUGUCUGAAGCAGAAAAAGCGGGUGCAACUCUGGCUACAAGAUACAUUAAAUCAGAAACUGAAUGGAUUUUACAGC